UAUCUGUUAAACGCAUGUCCUUACAGUUCUUCGGAGCCCUAACUUGAAGUGCUGACACAGAAAGCCUCACAUGUCCCAGACACUCCCUCCGAACACGUUCCUUGCGUCUGACGGGAAACUAUACACCAUGGACGGGAAGUACGUCCUUCAAAACAAUGACUGGAUCCCAUGCCAAAGCGUCGGCCACAACGAUACGUCUAGUCAGCAGAAUCAGUUCGAUCAAGCUCAAUCAGGACCUUCAGUCGGACCUGGCACUGGGGAUGACAUUAGUGCAGCCAUGCACGCGCAAUUUGGGCAAGUUCCUCCAUCGCAACCCCAGCUGCCGCGCCAGCCGGCAACCACUCCAUUUCAACCGACGGGCAGACCGGCUGCUCCUCCAAUCGAAUUAGACCCGUGCUUCAGGGCGGCGAAGGAUCGACAUAUAAUGAUUGGGGCUUUUGUCGAUGCUUCGGAUGCUAUAUCUGGUCGAAAGGGAUAAUGGCGAUCGAUGAUAUUUAGCCGGUAUAGCAUGUCCGAUGGAAUGUUAUGGUAGAUCUACACUACUGUAACCGUGGAUCUUCAAUGUCUCAUGGCUCGAAGCAAUGAAGUUCCUUUCUUUCUCUAAUGUCUCGAAUGCUCCAAUACACCUAAGACUCUGAGGGCAGCUUUCAUCUCGUCGGGUU